AUGUGUAUUAUCAUAUAUUUGGUGGAAGAAAGGAACUAUGAAAUUUAUGAACCAAGAAUAAUAUCGAAUAAUGCUUUUCACAAUAAUCAAAAUAGAAAUAAUCGAACAAUUAUCGUAAUCACACCGACAUACCUGAGACUUGCACGACUGGCUGACAUGACCAGGUUAUCACAAACACUGAUGCAUAUCAGCCAGUUAAUUUGGAUUGUUGUAGAAGAUGCCACGCAUAUAUCGUUACCUGUAAAGCAAUUGUUGGAUCGUAGUGGUCUCAACUGUUACUAUUUAGCUGUUAAACGCCGACCUGGAAUACCAGCACGUGGUUGGACUGGACGUGAUGCUGGGUUGAAUUUUGUUCGAGAACAAUUCGCAUCGUUGGGUAACAAUGCGGUGGUUUAUUUUGCUGAUGAUGAUAACACUUACGAUAUUCGCCUUUUCAAUCAAUACAUUCGAAAUGUUGAAAAAGUUGGUGUAUGGGCUGUUGGUUUAGUAGCGCAUAAUGCAGUCGAAGCGCCGAAAGUUCUUAAUGCAAAAGUUGUAGGCUGGCAAACAAUUUAUGCGCCUAAACGUAGAUGGGGUUUUGAUAUGGCUGGAUUUGCUGUAAAUCUUGAACUGCUUUUGCAGCAUCCGAAAGCGGGAUGGAGAGUAAAGUGUCGAGAGUAUUCACCAGAACCAUGUUUAAUGAAUCAUUUGAAUGUAAGCUUGAAUGACUUAACACCAUUUGGAAUAGAAUCAACGCCACGUGAUAUUCUCGUAUGGCAUACUAAAACCACUGUUAAUAUCAAAAGUACAAAAACAUAUGGUUAUAAUAUUGAAGUUCCGUCCGAUCAGUUUAGGAUCAGAAAAAUGCAUUGA